AUGUCCGCUACUGGAAAGGACACCACCACAGCUUCCACCUCCUCCUUCGUCACUGCGUUGGUCACGGCUGGUAUCACUGUCGGAGCAUUGACGGCAGUAUGGUUGAUACUCCAUAAUCGACAAAAGCUGAAGAGGGUAUUCCAACCUAGAUCAUUACUGGCUCCCGAUGCCAAAAGACCACCUGUACUUCCAUCAGGUAUUUUUGGGUACUGGAAAACAAUUCUAAUCAGUACUCCCGAUACCGAUCUGAUCGUGUCUAAUGGUCCCGAUGCCUACUUCUUUAUUCGAUUCAUCAAGGUCUUCGGUCUCAAGAUGUUACUGCCUUACGUCCUCUUAACUUUCGUCGUUUGUAUUCCUGCUUCAGCUGUCAAACCCAACAACCAGUUGGAAGGCUUGAACUUGUUAUCCUUCGGUAAUGUCCCUGCAAAUCAUCAAAACCGACACAUUGCUCAUUUCUUCUGUGCGAUCGUCCUCAUGGGUUACACAUGUUGGUUGAUCUGGCAAGAGUACAACCACUUCGUCCAAAUCAGACAAGCAUGGUUGACUUCGCCUCAGCAUCUUGCCCUUGCACGAACUCGAACUGUCGCUGUCACUAAUGUUCCCGAUUCAGUCAACUCUGAAUCUGGCAUGAAGGAGAUCGCAUCGAUCGUUGCCCGAAUCGACUCCACCACUCCAGGCUCAUCCGUCCCAUCUGCUCACGCUGCUGCUCAACAACCCAGAAAAUCAACUGCUACUGAGGGUACCGCUGUCAACCCUUCCAACGAUGCUGAAGGAGGUGUCAGACAAGUCUGGUUGACCAGAAAGUGCAAGGAUGUCGAGAAAAUCUGGCAAGAAAGGGACAAGGAGUGUUCAAGAUUGGAAGGUGGUGCUGGCAAAGUAAUCAAAUUGGCUAAUAAGAACCAAGCUAAGAAGAAAACCCCCGAGGCUCAAGGUCAAUACGAUGCUGAACGAUCUUCUGGUGAUAUCAUUGACCGAUACGUCUUGUCUAAGAAACGACCUUCAUGGAAACAAGGUCCAUUAGGAUUAAUCGGUAAAAAACAAGAUUUGGAAACCUCACCUUUGUACAUCGCUGAGCGAAAUGCCAAAUUAUCCGAUCUCAGAAAGACUAUCGAUGAUUUACCUCAAGGAAAUACCGUGUUCAUUCGAUUCGCCUCUCAACAUGAAGCCCAUGCUUUCGCCAGAUUAGUAGCUGAGACCGACAAAUCCAACAAACUCAUGGAAGCGGGUGUGGAAGUUGUUCCUGAAGAUGUCGAAUGGUCCAAUAUCUCUAUGAACCCUUAUCAACGAAAGAUCCGAAAGAUCAUCUCAUGGGCUUUGACCAUCGGACUAAUCAUCGUUUGGGCUAUCCCCGUUGCGUUCGUUGGUAUCGUUUCGAAUAUCGAUGCUUUGUGUCAGAACACUGCUUGGUUGGCUUGGAUCUGUAACAAUGGACCUGUCGUCAAGGGUAUCGUGAAGGGUGUCCUUCCUCCCGUCUUAUUGGCCGUCCUGUUCAUGCUCUUACCUAUCGUAUUGCGACUCUUGGUCAAACUUCAAGGUGAAGUCAGGAAGACUGAUAUCGAACUCAAGCUUUUCUCACGAUUCUGGUUGUUCCAAGUCAUUCACGGUUUCUUAAUCGUCACUCUUGCUGCUGGUUUGAUCUCUGCCCUAUCAGACAUUGGAAAUACUGUUGGUCAAUUGCCCACUCUCUUGGCCGAGAAAUUACCUACUGCUUCCAUCUUCUUCCUUACCUUCAUCCUUACCGCUACAUUCUCAGGAGCUGCCAAAUCAUACUCUCGAGCUGUUCCGUGGGUUAUGUACAUGCUAUCAGGUAUUCUGGCUGGAAACACCCCUAGAAAGGUAUACAUGAAAUCUUUCAAGAUGGAUUCUUUCACCUGGGCUACCACUUUCCCACCUACAUGUUUGUUGAUCUGUAUAACCAUCGUCUACACGGUGAUCCAACCAAUCAUCACCCUCCUCGCUCUGGUAGCUUUCUGUCUACUCUACGGAGCCUACAAAUACCUCUUACAUUGGUGUGCCGACCAACCUGAUUACUCUGAGACUGGUGGUAUGUUCUACAUCAAAGCUUUGAGAACCGUCUUCGUUUCUUUGUAUCUCGAAGGUAUCUGUUUGGCUGGUCUCUUCUUCUUGUCCUCUGAUGAGAAUGGUGAUAGAGCAAAGAGUGGUUUGGGAUGUGGUGCUGUAAUGGUCGCUGUCAUCGUUGCCAUCGCAUUAUUCCAAUUCUACAUCGAUUGGUUCAGAUUCAAGAAACCUUAUCUCUACUAUGUCCAUUCCACCACCACUCACUCCAAAUCGUUAGGUAUCGAUCCUAAAGUCGGUGUCACCCAAACUACCUCUGACGAAGAGGUGAACAAUGCCGGUCCCCAAUACGGCAACACCUCUGGAUUCCAUUACCGAGCAUUUGACCAUCCUGCUUUGUGGAAGAAACAACCUGUUAUCUGGAUUACCAAUGAUCCUUUGGGUAUUGGUAACUAUCUUGCGGAGAAGUUUAACGGUAAGAACGUCGAGGCUUCGACUGAGUUCACGUCGAUGGAUGAGAAGCAAAAGGUCCAAGUUGAGAGAGGACCACCGGAUGAGGCGUGGUAUGGUGGAUUCUCAUCUUAA